UAGCCGUUGUAAAGGCAGAUGACACUGGAGUUUGUUUACGAGACUCCGUCCAUAGCCAUCACUUGCUUCAGUGUCAGUAAGGGGAGUGAAAUUCUUUUCGUGCCUGUAUAAGGAAGGUCAAGAGUCUAGCUUCCUUGUAUUUGUAGGACCAGCAACAGUGAGAGUAUACAAAUAAAGUCCUAGCUGCUCUUAGUGGUCUUGUGUCUUGCAGGACUAAGGCCUCUCACCCCUAAAUUCUGGUAUAUUUGACUACUGGCAAACCUUGAAUUAAUCUUUGAAGAUGAACAGGAACAUCAAGGGGAGGAUGGCCCGGCCACCGGGGUCACAAGGAGCUGAACUUGAAAAUCAAUUUAUUCUUAGACUUCCUGUUACACAGGCGGGAUCCCUGCGGGAGGCCAUCAGACAUGGCCACACAAACAUCAAGGAUCGUCUGGCAAUCCAGCUUGACUUCACCAAUGAUAAGGAUGACAUGAGGAAUGGAGUUAUCACUAUUGACACCAUCAUGUACAAAGCAAGGCUGAUGGACAUGCCAACAAUAAUGGAAACUUUGAAGACAAUUGAUGGCAAGAAUUUUUACAAGACAGCAGAUGUUUGUCAGAUGUUGAUGGUACGAGAGGAAGAAGACCCCCCAGAAGAAGAGGAUUCCAAGAAGAAGAGGAGAGACCCCAACAAAGUGGACAAAAAGUACCUUUGGCCACAUGGAUACACUCCCCCUCUCAAGAACGUCCGCAAACGUCGCUUCCGGAAAACUCUGAGAAAGAAGAAUCUGGAUCUACCAGAGAUAGAAAAAGAGGUGAAAAGAUUGCUAAGAACAGAUAAUGAAGCCACUUCAAUUCGAUGGGAAGUUAUUCGGGAAGAAGAUGAAAAGAAGAAUAAUGCGGACACAAGUAUAUCAUCAUCAAACCUUGAUGAACAACUGUUUGGAGGGGCUCUCAGUUCCUCAGAUGAUGAGGUUGGGCCAACCAUCAACAUUGUGGAUGAGGAUGAUGAUUCACGUCUCUCAGUUGAUGAUGAUAGGUUGUCAGAAUCAUACAUGCAUAAUGAGACUGGCAGCAGCCCUCCCAGUAAGGUAGGAGGCUCUGGGACCCCACAAGUUACAGAUUUCUCAGGGAUGUUCCAGAAGGAGGGUGAUUCCUCCUCCAAGCCCCAGACACCCUCACCCUCAAAGGCUGGUAAAGGCAAGAACUCGCGAUCGUCUUCCAAAAAGGGGAGCUCCUCUGGGGGUGGCCAUGGCAGGUCAUCAGAGGAUGGUGGACACUCCUCUGAGAGCACCAGUAAACUAUAUGCUCGUAUAUCAGUGCUGGAGAAUGAGCUGACACACCUGACAACUCAACGUGCUGCUCAGGAAGCAGAGAUUGCAAACAUUGAGAAUCUAGCCCUCAAACAGCGCUUCCUUUCUAAGCUGGCUGAUAUAGAAACACAGAUCAGAGAAAAGGAAUAUGAGAUUGAGGAAAUACGUGUUCAGCUGCAGGAGUAAAUGCUGGAUGUUCAGGAACACUCCCCAGGGACACUAUGCAUCAUGGGCUUUGAGAGGCAACCAUCAACAAUGCUGCCAGCCUAUCUGCAUAACAGAUUUACACCUCUACAGCAUACGCAUGUGGUGACUAGUAUAUACUGAAGUAAAUACAUUUUAGUUUUCACAAGCUUAUCACCAAGCAGUGAAAUUCAAGAAAUCAAGGAUUUUUUUACUGUGUAUUUUUUGUAUGUCACUGAGAAGAGAAUGAUUUUAUCAACAUGUUAUUGAUAUGUUCAGUGUUCUGGAUGAUGUGGUGACUUCCAAUUAUAUGAGUCGAUGAGGAGACUUUUAUAGUUGUCAAGUUAUUGAUAUGUUGGGUGUCAAAGACAUCCAACAUAUCAAUAACAUAAUAACAGUCAUCUUAUGUUUCUGUGCUUUUCUGUAAAUAUUUUCUGGAAUUUAAAACAUAUUUAAUUUUAUUUUUGAAGUAUAAGUAUGCUGUGAAGUGAGUCAUGAAAUAUUUUUAUCUAUAAUUUGCUCAUUAUGUUGAUAUAGAUAAAUAGAAAGUUAAUUUAGAAAACAAAGCCCAUAGCCUAGGUUCCUGUAAGCCCAAGAGCGUAGUGCCAUCUAAGGGGGAGUGCUCCAGGGUUCCUACCUCACCCAUACACUUGUUAUAAGGUUAAACAAAACACUACAUUCUGUUUGUGGCUGAUGUAUCUACAUGUACUCCUUGUCCAGUGACAGUGGUAUUAUUAAAGUUAUUAUUUUUAGAAGAUUUAGUAGCCCAUAGAUGCAUCAAAGUUUUUAGUUGUACAUCUACAUUUCAACCGAAAAGGAUGCUCUGAAACAAAUUAUCCCUCUGACUUGUAAUAUACUGUACAUAUGAGUACAUCAUUCUUUGUAAUACAUCAGACAUUUCUUAGGGACAGUGGCAACACUAUUAUCCAACAUUAUAGGUGGAAACUGAUUUAUUCACAUCACUAUGCUCAUAGUUUUCUUACCUAAGGUGAGGCUUAGUCAUUGUCUUGUGGCCCAGGUGCACCACCUACACUGGCACUGGAACAUUGAUACAUUCCACUGAUAACCCGAUAUGUACAUGAGUUCAUUCACAGAUAUGCCACGUCCCACGUGGUCAAACUGGAACUUAAAAGACCAAUGCAUUGAUGCACAAAUAAUAAUUACUGACUGAAAAUAUGAGUGAACAGUUUGUAGAGCCAAUGAACAACUUGAAAUCAGUAUAUGGACCUUUCUAGUACUAAGAGGUGAGGUUAAGCCACAGCUUUUAAUCUGUUCAAAUGUAGUUGCCCACAUCCUCCUUCCCUAGUUCUCCUCCCUCUACUAAAAAGGAAACUCUUUUGGAAGCUGAAGAAACUACAUGACUGAAGCAAAUGUGCCCUAGACCAGUCUGACAGUUCCUCUCUAAUUAAAAGGAUUCUUCCCUUGACAAAAUCCACCCUUUGUCUUGAAGCACCAAGGACUCAGGCCCCAGCUGCUGUACCUUACAAUACUUAGUGUGUAAGGUUGUACAGUGGUAAUUAUUUCAAUUCAUAACAGUCAUCAAGCAUCAAACUUGAACCUGCUGUAGACUAUAUGUACCCAAGAAACACAGCAUUGUCAGAAAAUAAGUUAUAGUAUCUUUUGUUCAACAGGGUACAAAUAACAAGAGUAAUAAUGACCCAGUUGACUUUGUACAAGCAUUUCAGCAUAAUUCACUUUGUGGGAAGGAUUUGGUAACUUUUUAGGCCACUUCACUGUUAACAUGACCCUCUCCUUCAGUAACUACUGGUGUCUCACCUCUCACCUCUCAACAGGUGAGUAGUACAACAGUUCAUUACAAAGUAAUUAUGUACAUACAAAUUAUAUUCUAAUGUGUUCUUUAUAAUCACUGUGGGGAAACAUUCACUAUGAAAAUAAUAUUUAAAUGACUCUCAACAAUGAAGAAAAAAAUUACUGAGCAAAACUUGGCAGAUUGUACAUGGAUGAAGAAAUGGUAACUACACGUAUACUAAUAGGAAACGAGAUGUUUAAUAACAUUCGAAAUUACAUAUAUUUGCUCUAAAACUGGGGAAAGAUUGUCUACAAAAAUAAUCAAAAUAUUUUGAUUAAUCAUAAUGUUGAAAACUUACAACACUACUGGUGAAUUUUGAUAUAUUGAUAUUUAACAUGAUUAAAUACUGAUAAUGAGGAAAGUAACAUAUAACUAAAGUGUAUCACUUUUGAAAGUAAAAGCAUGCUUCAGCAUA